GAGUACCCCUCAUUCGCGCGCAUUAUAAUUACAAACUCACAGAGCGUUCGCGCAGUUAAUGCUCGUUUCAUGUGAGAUUUAUGUUUCUCUCGUUCGACUAAGCGCGUACACGCGUGCAUGCAUAAAAUCGUGGAGUCGUGCAUCCAGCCAGAUGCAUGCGACUGCUUCGUGACGGGGAGAGGGAGAGCAAGGUGACUCCUAAUUAGAUUCUAAAUUACGCGGCAAAACGACGAGAAGACGUCUGAAUUGUAGCGCUCCGGUGUUUGCCUGUGUGCGUGCGUGGCGUAAGAACCGCUGAAUCGCUUUCGAAAGGUGUGCCCGCGGAAACGCGAUUUGCACGCAUUCUGGAACGAUUGAUCGAUCGUGUCCACCGCAGUUGCGCGACCAAGACGAAGGAAAGGAAACAAAUCUUUCGCGCGCGUUUCAUAAUGCGUGGCUUCCGGUGAUUUUUCUGUCGCGACACGUACGCCGAUCAGGAAUUUCGACGGUAAUUGGGACAAAUGGCAAGACUCUCGGCAAAUUGAAGUAUAUCUGCGCAAGAGAUAUCGCGUAGAACUUACAAGUGGGAUGCUAAUCACGACGUAUACAGGGGUUACUACACGCUCCCUCGGUAGUCACGCGAUCGCGUAUGACGGAGGAGGCGCGGAGCCGUGUGCGAGGACAGGCCGGAAAACGAGAACUUCAUCUGGAUCAUUUCGUCGAGUGCUUUCCAGUUUGCGAGUAUUUUUUUCUCUCUUCGCAAUACAUCAAAAGUCUUUGACUGAAAUGAUUAAAAUUCGCCAGCGGUUUCCGCCUCGCAGCGAUCGCGAGCAAAGAACGAAGUGUCUCGUGGUCGAGUGGGAGAAGUCAUAUUCUCGUUAUUAAGUUAGCAAAAGUCUACGCGGAGUUCAAAGACAUGGAGAGAGCCCGCGGUACCGCAACGCAGAACGGGAGCCGGCCGCGUUCAAAGGGCCUGACAUAAUUGAGAGAUCACGCCAAUUAGAUGCGCCUUUAACGGUUUAACUUCCAGGCGGAAGUCAAUACAUCCUCGGGCUCUGUAUUUGCAUUCUGAUUAUAAGCUAGCACAAAGCUAAAGCGUCGCGGCGUCGUCGUAUCUCGUUACGUCCCCCAUGAUCCCUCGUUAUUACGAGUUCACCGGUGAUAAAUGGGAAAACGCCGGAUUGGACGCGAGGGGAGAGAAAUCGUCUCCAUUCGCAGCUAUUCCUUUUAUCUUUUUCACGGCUGUUGUGAUGUACACAUUUUGCGAACUUCGUCUUCUCAUCUGCUACCCGCCGUUGUAAUCCGCACAUUUUUAUCAUAAACGAGUGUGAUUGCGCGGCGUUGGCGUGUCCUAGGGAUAACGCUUAUUCCCGACGCAACACGAUCGCUAUUGCGAUCACUUUUCGUUUCACGGCACGCUUGACGUGCGGUGAUCCUGUUAAUCCCAACGAUGUGCACCGAGCGGAAAACUCGCGUAAUCUCGCGUAAGAUCGGGCAACAUAAUCCUGCUUCGAGACACUCGUGCUUCACGAACACUGCCAAGUGUUCCCAUAUUCUCGAAGAAGUAGGUGAAAUUAGAAAAGUUGGAAAAUUCGAAAAAGUCCGAGGCGACACUCGCCGAGCGCCACCGUUUCAAGAGCAAAGAUAGAUCUUAGCGUUGUACUCAAGUGGGGCGGUGGGAUUAUGUAGCGAGGCUUAAUCUUACGAAUGCGCUCCGCGAUAAUGGUGUUCGCUUAAGCGUACGACGUUAAAGUGACAAGUAAAGAUCUCUAAAUUAUGCAGCCACGAAAGGCUAACUCGUACUGAAGAGCACGCACAGCUGAGAAAGUAUACAUGCUCGCGCGCAGGUGUCACCGCACUUAACGGCUGUAAAUAGCCGUGUAUUCUUCUGCUUUGGAAAGAGAAGCGCGCGUGAUGUCUUAAGAAGGAGCUGCCUGCCUCUUCGUCGAGACGCCAAGUCGCGUCGCGAUUCCCUAUAUUUCGUGCGUUAACAUCGAAUUUUAAUGUUAAAGAGCGAGCGCUCCUCUUUGCGCAUAACCGGAUACCGUUACGCGACGGAAGCAUUAUUCGGUAUUGACACAUACGUGACGGUAACUCGACGUGUAUAUUAUAUCGAAAAUAAGAGGGCGUUGAACUCGUCGUCAUCGUCGCGAGGUAAUACCGGUGGCGCGGCAUUGCUGAGCGCGAACGGUAAUAAAAUCAAAUCAGUCGUGCGUCAUUAACUUGUCGCAAGAUCGUAUCGAGACUUCUCGCGCGCAUUCCUGUUUUCCACGUAUCCGCGAGUGGCUCUUCGAUUUAUAAGAUAACGCGAGAGGAAAAGGAAUAUUUCCGAGUCGAAAUUUUACAUUAAAGUUUCACAUUAAAUUUCAUUUCGGAAACUUUCAAUUCCUGCAAAUUCCAUCGUAUGCAAAAGAUUAAUGGCGAAUCUAAACAUAUAAUUUUUUCAAUUUAUAUAUAAUAUAGCCUUCUUUAAGAAUUAUUUAAUAUUCGAUUAUCCCAAAUAUUCUAUCUGUGUUUAAUUUCUAUUUUCAGUGUGUGAGUUUAAUUAACUGAUAAUUAACGACUUGAUAAUUUGCAAAUCUGUAAUAUUUUGUGAUCGUGAUUUCCAGCUCACCGUAUACGUGUGUAUUGAUAGGCACACUAUGACGGUUGACAAUUGGCCGGUAGUAACUUCCCCCACUUUGAAGGUGUUGAUUGUUUUGGUACUCGCGCGCGCCUUGUCCGUAACCGCGUCAUUACACUCGGGUUGGCGAGCUGUGUACACACCGCGACGCGGAGCACGAGUAUCGGUGCUUUGUUCGCAAUCUUCGUCGCGCGUGAAUGAGAUAUUUUACCGUCUAUUGUAAUAUUUAAUCGGGCUCUCAUCGGCAUCGCGUUAACGAACAUACGCUUCACCGAUUGAAGCGUGUCUCACGCGAGUGUUAGUGAGUGUCCAGUGAAUAUCCUGAGGAACUAUGGAGCGGCCAAGAGUAGAAUGCAUCAGAACGCAGAACGUAGAACGUCAGUACACAGGCAGCGAUAUAUUUCAAGAUGGGGCAUAGAGGAGCGACGUGCGGCCAGCAGGAGCAGCAGUAGCGUUCAGCUAUCGUCGGGGGCCUGAUCGUCGGUCCCUGUCUCGACCCGAUCUCGCGCGGGGGGACGCGGGGUCGCGGGGGUGCGCCGGUGCCGCGAUGGCCGCAACGGACGGUCAGAUCGUCGUUGCGGCGGCACGCUGGGCCGAGGAGGCGACGUACCUGCGCGAGUUCGUCUCCAAGUACCGUCUACCGGCCGUGAUCAAGAUCACCAAGGGCCAAUAUGGCGGGUUGGGCGUGCCGACGCUACCGGCGCCCAGCUUGCAGAGCACCGCGUUGCUCAUAUCGGCCGGUCGUCGGCGAAAGAUCGUGGCGCAGGCGGUGAAGAUCAAGGAGGGCCGCAGGGUGGUCGGCGUCGGGCCCAGACUGGCGAUACCGGACUCAUACGCGGGCUACUUCGAGAUCCUAAGCGAGGAGGGUAGAGCGGUGCGCGGCAUCGAGUCGGUAAACGAGCUGUCGCGAAGAUGCCCGGAGGAAGGCGCGCUGGUGCGCGAGACGUUGCGUGGCAUCGCUUGCCGGGUGGACGACGAGUCCGGUAUCGUGGUGCCGGAGGGCACGAGGACCUUGUCGGCCGGUGAGACGAUCGUCACCGCCGGUGAGGUCGCGCUACCCGGUAGGGGUCGAUUCCUCCGCUGCGUGGACUGCCGCGGCGACAGCGUGCUCUUGGGGAUGGAGCAACGCGGUCGUUUCAGCGCAUUGGCGCGCGAGGACAACAUCAGCGGCGUGCACACCGCCAGAGCGCUCCUCAGCAAACGCCUGCCGCUCACCGUGAGACUGGUGCACGGCCAGCCGCCGCGAGGGCUCAAGUCGUCGUCGCAGUUCGUGCCCGAGCUGAGGCUGCUGUCCACCUUCGAGGAGGAGCACGUGUUCGCGUUGCCGUUGCAGCGGGAAGGCGCGGCGGUCGCGUUACCGCUCGCGGCGCCGCUCAAGCUGGUCAAAGCGCGGAACGAGGAGGCCCUACGCUCCAUGCAGGAGUUCACGAGGCUGGUGGAGCGCGCCUCUCGCUUGGUCGCCGAUGUAGCUGACCGUGCGCACGUGUUGGACGGUCGUCUGGGUGAGAGCAAGCCCUCCAGGCAGACCAGGAGCGCGUCCGGCUUCCUCAGGCGGCCGUCCACCAACUCGGAUCACGCGCCGCCGCUGGGUCACCAUAGAAACGGCAGUGCCGGCCAUCAUCAUCAUCAUCAUCACUAUCAUAGCAAUGGACAUCAGGCGUCCAGUGGCCAUGCGGGAUACCGGGAUGAGAACCGAGUGCCCCCGUCGUCCGCCUGUACCGAGGAGUACGACGAGAUCGAUCAGAUAUAUGACUAUGUGCGCGGCUUUGCGCCGUUGCCGAAGAGCGUGAGGUCGCCGUACGAAAGCCCUCUCGCUGCUGGCCAGGCCUCGACCCCGCCACUCACGCCGGUCACGGUGACGAUCGCACCAUUGUUGGACGACCGGCCGGAGCCGCCGCCGAUCGAGACGAUACCCACGAAGAAGAUUCAGGCGGAGAAGCGGACUAGGCGCGCGGUUAAGGAGGCGCCGCAGCCCUCCAGGGUGGAGAAGCCGCCGUUGGCGAAGCUCUACGUGAAGAACAGCGGCACACAGCGCGGACGACCGCUAAUGAGGCAGAAGAGCGCGUCGCCGUUGAAGGAAACGCCGCCGGGUUACAAGGGCGGCUCGCCGCUCUUCAACAUACGCUACAAGAGUCUGACGAAUCUCCAGCAGGCGAUGGAGCUCGACGGCACGCUGGACUCCAGCCACUCGGGUGGCAGGACGUCGGGCGACUCUGGCGCAGGUGCUAAGCUGCCGGAAAAGAGAUCGAGACGUUUAAGCAGGCCGCGAUCGUUGACAAAUUUAGUCUGGGAGCUUCGAGGUGGAAGCGGCCUCGGCUGCACGAGACCGGAAACUCCGCCGCCCGCCACGACAGCACCGCUGCCACCGACUAAAUGUGGGCCACGUCUGGCUGUCACUGUCGUGGCACCGCGACGUGUCGGCACGCUCUACCUCUAACUCAUUCGACCGACGAAGGGCUGAAGAAGGCAAAGAGCGGUUCGGAUGAGGAGCCGUGGAUCUCCGACGUCGUUCGACUAAUCAAAAUCCGCAACGAGAGCUCAAGAAAAGACAGAGGGAGGGGAAUAUUUCCGCCGCGGCGGAACUGACUCCGCCAUUCUCGCAGCGUUCAUUCAAUCGCGCCCGUGAAAGCCAUUCAAAACUCGUCGUCCGACACAUACGUCCACAUGUAUCCAUGCUAUACUCAUACACGCACAUCCAUACAAAUUCAUUCAUUCACACAUCAUACAACACACACACACACACACACAUACACACACGCACGUACACGGUAUGCAUGAAGAAUCCAAAAGCAUCGCGCCAGAUCAACGCCGCGUACUUCCUGUGAUCGUCGAUUAACGAUAAGCGGAAUAAUCAAAAAUAGCGACGCAGUGGAAGGGAAUUACGUUCAGGUCAGGUACGAACAGACGAGAAUUAUUAUAAUAUUCUUGUAAGAAAGGACAAGGCUCUGUGUUCUGAAGAGAGUCGCAACUGGUCGGCAGAUACGACGAAGUCAGGCAGCGGCGAUCGAGAAAUCUCGUCAGAGUGCAAAGGUAGUGACAACAAUCGGAAUUUAUCACACAUGCGACGAUUCGUGUGUGUUUCUUUGAUACAAAAACGCGUCCGCGUGAGAAAAACCGCGUAAACAGUUUUCUCCGUUUACGAGACAGCCGUUAUAAAAAUCGGCUACGGUGAAAAUUGAUUUGCUUGUGCCGCUGCUUCGUCUUUGUGUCGUUGCGAAGGAAAGAAGGAAAGCUCUCCUCGAUCUCCGCUUGCACGAUAUUCGAUUGCGAGCACUGACGACUGAAAAGUAUCGAUAGCGACCGCUUUUAUAUUUUUGCAUAUUACUUUUUGCGGCAAUCUUCUUGACGUUCGCGUUAAACGCGAGAAAUUUGACGUCUCGAGAGCGAAGUACAUUUCAAGUUGAAACGGAAACAAACGUUCGCUAUCUCGACGAGAAUGUUAGGGCACAGUACCGACACAGUUCUAUCGAUACUUUUCGGUUUCCGGUACGCAUACAAGACACACCACCGUGGACACAAAACACGCAAGUCGCGACGAAGCCGCGUUUUGUUCCUUUUUCCUUCUUUCUUUCCACCGACAGUUGAGGUUGGGAACCGGAGAGUCGCAAAGGAAGAAGAAAAAGAAGAAGAAGAAGAAGAAGAAGAGCAAGAGGAGGAGGAGAGACGGUCGAAUUUACACGCUGUGUAAUCGCGCAUUUGUCUCAAGAAUUACACGUCUUGCGUACGCGUAAAUCACGACAUCGCCUCACGUACACGAGUAGUAGAUUUUUCGUUUUUUUUUUUCAUUUUUUUUCCAAUAAAGAGACGCGCCGACGGCGGACCCAUGGUGUCCGGUCGGCCGUGCGCAGUUAAGGAUACGAAUGCCAUAAUAAUGACCAAGUUUUGUGGUUGUACUUAAGUCAUACUUUAUACUCUACUUUACUUGUUAAGUUACUAAGGAUAAGUUACUUGAUUAUUCCAUUAUCAAAGUGUCCCUAUCAGUUAUCGCUACGUCCUUACUUUCGCGCCGUCCUGCAUUGAGAAUUGGCGCAGACUACGAGAGAGAAUUUGAGAACACUGCCUACCUGCACUUGUGAUCACAUAUAUAACUCAAACUUAAGAGAAUAAGCUGAGCGCUCACAGUUCGUAUACCACCAUCGUCGCCACACAAUUGGGUAUCCUACGAAGUGAGUCCAACGUGGACUUGUACUCUCGCGUAUCGCAAUAAAAAAAAUGAAAUUAAUAGCGAUUUCUACUUAAUAAAAAAGAUGUGGAAAAUAUAUUUUUCUUAUCGUCAGUAUCCAGUCGGUCGGAUGAUUCGUCGGGCAAAAUUGACGAGAGUCCUUUUUCUCUUUUUGUCUAUUUGACAAUGCAAUAAAAUCGCGAUUACGAAAAAUAUAAGAAAUAUAAAGAAAAUUAAAAAUCUCGGUUUUCUCAUGGAAUAUCUCGCGGAGAAAACUAAAGAGAUAACUUUACAAUUUCUACAAUUCGAGCGCUCAAUCAAUUGCCCAUUUUCAUAAAUAUAUCUCGGAUUGUUUCACUUCUCAAUUACCGGCAUUGUGCUCGCGCGCCAACGAAGUAACUUCGGAUACGCGACGAAAUCUUUAGCCGUCACGUGUAAAAUUCACGCAUUUGUAUUGUCCCUAUGUUGAAGAAGCCAUCAACGAAGUAACACGUCGUCCGUGACAAUUGCGAUCGCACGGAUGACAUGACGAACGAACUCUCAUCGAAAGUCAGGUGCGAGACCGCCUUCCGGUCGAUGGUCCUGACCAAAGGACGCGUUUGGACCUUGGUCUCAUUUUUGUGAUUAUUAUUUAAAUACGCGUUAAGCAAACAAUAGUAUAUUAGAAUAGGCUCGUUAUAAUUGAGUAUGAGUACCGUUGCACCGUAGUGCCGCGGUUGGCCUUUUAUGGAGACGAUAUUGUUUCCCGUACGAUUUCGGCGAAUGCGCGACAUUAUCGCGAGAUUAUCGCAUAACGUAUCGAAAGAUCCGUCAUAUACAGAAUUGUGUAAUUACAUUUAUACAAACCGUUUGUCCGAGAGUAAAGGAGUUUUCUUGUCCGACAAUAUUUGAGAAAGAGAGAAAAAUCGAAAUUUCCACAAGUGGCCUUCUUCUUCGCAUAGUUCGAGGAUGAGAUCUGUCCGCGAAAUCGUGCAGAUCGUUUUCUUUUCUCCAUUCCCUUUUUAUCGCGAGCAACGUUUAUCCGCGAACUUUCCGUGAUUACGAGCCGAAACGCGCGAGGACUUUCAGUAAUCGGAGAGAAUACGUUCGUUACAAUGAACUAGCUAUUACGAAUGUACAAUAAGUUUUUUUUUUUAAGAUUUACAGUACGAAGUAUAGAUUUUAUCAUCAUAAAUAUUAUAUCGCGUAAUGAAUUUGCAGAAGGCACUCGGUCCCCUUUACGACGGAACUCUGUGUGUCAUGAGCGCAUGCCGAGCGCGCGCUCAUUUCGCACGUUGACGUUCUCAGCGAGUGUAAUUUUGCUAUGAUGACGAAGCGCCGAGGAGAGGAAGAAAGCUUCUUUUUUCCAUUGAAGAACCGAGCAAUGGCGAUGUCGCGUCGUGCACAUUGACAAGCGCUUUUUAGUAGUAUGUGGGCGCGACUAGAAUUAGUUUUCUAAUUCUCUCGUGGGCAUUUGAACGCGAUCUCCGUGCGGGUAAUCAGCCGUGCGGAAUAAUGCAGGAUCUGGUCGUUUUAUACGCGGUUCUUGCGGUGUUUGCGCCACGUCAAGCACAGCUGAAACGAACAGAUCUCUCUUAGUCGUGGUACAGCGCGGCUGUGAACCGCGCGCACAAUUCUGCUCGUCGAUAUAUCGCCAAGACAUCGUCGGCAACGUCCUCGCGGCGAAAUACUCAGCGCGUAAGGGUCGAGGACCGUUGUGCCUUCGUAUGUAUGCACGUUAAUACGUCUAAUGAACGUAAGAAAGGUAAGACAUCCAUUUUGUGAUUCCGUAAGCAGUUGUUCAGUUUUUUUAUACUUUCCUUAAUGCUUAUCAUAGGAUAGCUUGUAUACCCUAAAGAGUGUUUCAAUAAAAAUCACAAUGGAAUAAACCCUACCCUCCGCGUUACGAUCCACACCCACCCCAGUUGUUCGUCGUCUAUCUUUUUGCGAGAAAAGAAAAAGUUCUCCUCUGUUGUAGGCCAUAUGGCUUAAGAAUAUCUUUUACUAACUUGUAAUUUAUUCAAUUAACAGAAAUUAUAUGUUGGUAAGAGAUA